AUGACAUCACUUGAAGUUUCGGGGAUCGCUCCAUUUUUGGAUUUCGCCGGCCUAUUGAUGUUCGUCCAGAAAAUCUCCAUUUACUUGCUCAUUGGUGCCACGUUUUAUUACGAAGUAAUGGCUCUAAGAGCCUAUUUUCACGCAUCACCAAGCAAGACAUCGACAUCAAGCAUAAUUCCGACCCUUCUACACGUGAUACGACAUUUAAUGAAAUUAUUGCCAAUCGCGAUGCCGAUUGUCGUGCCGAAUUUAACGCUGAACUUACCUCACGCGACGAAAACUUUACAGCGGAGAUCCAAAGAAUCUUGA